AGACAAGUUGGCGCUUCUCUCUCUAGUCUUGCACCAACUGAUGAACUUUUUCCUUUUCUCUCUCUACCUCACUUUUCAACCGCUUGGAUUCCAAAUUCCACCCUGUCUCGAAUUUCUGCUAUCCUUUGUUUUUACCGUUCGCUAUCAUCAAUUGUUUAUUGUUUGUUUAUUCCAAUCGCUGCUGCACGAUUUAGAUCUGAAGAAAGCUCGCAUACUUGCUGAAGAAGAUGGCCGGCCGCUAUGAUCGGAAUCCAUUUGACGAGGGAGACGAAGUGAAUCCCUUCUCUGAUGGAGGGGCUAGAGGGAAAGCAUCUGGAGAAUCAAAGUUCAGUGGAGGCUCAUUUUUUACUACACCUACUGGAACUGUUCCUCCAGCUAUAAACUCAAGGCUUUCUCCACUUCCACCGGAGCCUGCUGAUUUUUACAAUCCUACUGCAUCAGUUGACAUACCUUUAGAUAGCAAUGCAGAUUUGAAGAAGAAAGAGAGAGAGCUGCAGGCCAAAGAAGCUGAAUUGAAAAGGAGGGAACAGGAAGUCAAGCGGAAAGAAGAUGCUGCUGCAAGAGCUGGUAUUGUUCUUGAGGAGAAAAAUUGGCCUCCAUUUUUCCCGAUUAUUCAUCACGAUAUUGCAAAUGAAAUUCCAAUUCAUCUGCAAAGGCUGCAAUAUGUCGCAUUUACAACGUUGUUGGGACUGUUUUUUGCCCUUCUAUGGAAUAUUAUAGCUGUGACCACCGCCUGGAUUAAACAAGGAGAUGCAAAGAUUUGGUUUCUUGCUAUUAUCUACUUCAUAUCGGGGGUUCCGGGAGCUUAUGUUUUAUGGUAUCGGCCACUCUACCGUGCUUUCAGGACCGAAAGUGCAUUGAAGUUCGGGUGGUUUUUCAUGUUUUACUUGCUUCACAUUGGGUUCUGCAUAUUUGCUGCAGUCGCACCUCCUGUAGUUUUCAGGGGAAAAUCUUUGACGGGUAUCCUUCCAGCAGUGGAUCUCAUAAGUAAACAUGCCCUAGUCGGGAUUUUCUACUUCAUUGGGUUCGGAAUUUUCUGCAUCGAAUCACUCCUAAGCAUUUGGGUUAUUCAGCAAGUGUAUAUGUAUUUCCGAGGCAGCGGCAAAGCGGCAGAGAUGAAACGCGAGGCUGCUAGGGGAGCUCUCCGAGCAGCCUUUUAAGCUCCAAACUGCUGUGGAUAUGAUAUGAAUUGGUUAGCCGUACGUAUUCCAUUUCAUUCACUAUGUGGCCAUUUUUUGUCUUAAAAAAUCGAUAUUUUUACAAUUACGACUUCAUUCUUGUGCGAAGAAGGAAUUAGAGAAGUUUGACUGUGGCUAUUAGAUCUGAUCUAUGUUGUCUGUCUGUCUGUAUAAUAUGCUUCUGCUUCUGGCAUUGCAUUUUGCCUAAUCCGCUUUCUAACAUUUGAGGUCGAAUAGGCAUUUCAUAUGUUUUGAUUCUUGGAGAAUGAAAUAUAAUUUUUUUUUUUUCUUC